AUGUUAACGAAUUGCUUACCAAGAAUGCGGCAUCUAUGUGAAUGGCGAUGUCGAUGAGGUUAAGUCCAUUGGUUAAGUCCGGUGUGGGACCCUGCCCAAAACGAUAGCCAGCCCACCAACGCCUCGACAUCAAUUACGACCUCGGAGCUCCCAACAUUACUUCUUUCAAGAUAUAAAAGUCACAUCCUAUGCUUAGGCGGCUUGCAAUUCAAUCCAAGAUCUUUUCAAAACACCAAGCAACAAAAAUGGUACAAAACCUAACCCUCACUUCGACAAAAAAGCUGCCCUCUGGCCACGAGAUACCCCUCCUUGGAUUCGGCGUCUAUCAGGUUCAAAGAGCCGAGGCGACAGACAUCUGCAAACAAGCCAUCCAUGCUGGCUACAGACAUAUUGACUCCGCAUCCGCAUAUACAAACCAAGGAGAAUGCGCCGCUGGUAUCCCGGCAUCCAAGGUUCCUCGCGAUGAAGUCUACUUCACCACAAAGAUCCCAAUGCGGGCCAAUCCACUCAGCUAUGAAAACGCCCAUAAGCUUGUCGAUAAGGCUCUUGAGGACACAAAACUUGGCUACCUCGAUCUUGUCUUGAUUCAUUCACCCUACGGUGGACCAGAGAAUCGCAAGGGGGCAUGGAAGGCCCUUGUUGAAUGCGUAGAGGCAGGCAAGGUGCGAUCGAUUGGCGUCUCCAACUAUGGUGUCCACCACCUUCAAGAGUUAGAAGAAUACAUCAAGGAACUAGAGCAAGAGCGUGGCGCUGGCAAAGGCGGUGUCAUCUCUGUUGGACAAUGGGAGCUGCACCCCUGGCUCACUCGUUCUGACAUUGUCAGUUGGUGUGAGAAGCGCGACAUUGCCCUCCAAGCAUACUGUCCGCUUGUUCGUGGUGAGCGCCUGGACGACCCCAAACUUGUCGCCCUUAGCAGCAAAUACGGCAAGACACCGGCGCAGAUUCUACUCAGAUGGAGUCUUCAAAAGGGCUUUGUGCCACUGGUCAAAACAGUAACACCUUCAAGACUGACUGAAAAUGCUGAUCUUUACGACUUUGAACUUUCUGAGGAGGACAUGAAAGACUUGACCACGGAGGACUACAGUCCCUGCGCCUGGGACCCUACCGUAGAGCCUCUUGAAAAAUAAUAGUUUAGAAUUCUGGAAGAUUUCUCAUUCGCUUAUAAAUAUACAUUUUAUCACAAUCG